AUGGGGGCGGAGAUUCACGUGAAGCAUCUAUCGAACGUGAAGUACUCACUGGACGUGGAUCUGACGGCCACGGUGCGUCAGCUCAAGGAGCAGCUCGUCGACAAGUCGGGCAUCGCCGUGCCGCAGCAGCGGUUAAUCUUCAAAGGACGGAUUCUCAAGGAUGACGUCACCCUCGAGAGCUGCGGCAUAGAGGCGGAUUCCACGCUGCACCUCGUCAGGGGCGGCGGGGGAGCAGCAGCGGCAGCGUCCCCCUCAUCCGCGGCGCAGCCAACUGCCGCGCAACAAGGCACAUCCGCCGCGCCCUCCGCAAACCCCUCAGCAGCAGCAGGCGCGCCCGCCGCCGGAGGCGCACAGCGCGUCCCCCCGGACCUGCUGGCAGCCGCGCUGGGCGGAGGCGGAGCCGCGGACCCCCUAGGCCUGGGCGGACUUGGCGGAAUGGGCGGGCUAGGCGGCCUUGGCGGACUUGGCGGACUGGGCGGGUUGGGCGGGCUGGGGGGGCUGGGGCUGGACAACGGUGCAGGCGGAGGCCUGCCCGGGCUGGAGCAGUUCCAACAGCAGAUGCUGCAGAACCCCGAGAUGAUCCGCGACAUGAUGAACCUGCCUGCCGUGCGCGCCCUCAUGGACAACCCCGAGGUGAUGCGCUCCAUGCUGGCCGCCAACCCGCAGAUGCAGCAGCUCAUGGAGCGCAACCCCGAGCUGGCUCACGUGCUCAACGACCCCGCCGUGCUGAGGCAGACCAUGGAGGCGGCGAGGAACCCCGAGCUCAUGCGCGAGAUGAUGCGCACGACUGACCGCGCGAUGAGCAACAUUGAGGCGAUGCCGGGCGGGUUCAACAUGCUGCGCAACAUGUACCACAACGUGCAGGAGCCGCUCAUGGAUGCUGCUACUGGGGGUGGUGGUGUGGGGGGCGCUGCAGGGAGGGGGGCGACGGGGACUGGGGGAAGUGGGGAGACGGGGGCAGGAGGGACGGAGGGGGCUGGUGGGCCGGCGAACACGGCUCCGCUGCCGAAUCCAUGGGGUGGUGGAGCAGCAGGCACUCAGCGCGCCAUGCCUGCGGGGCUCGGCGGGGGGCUACCAGGGCUGAACACAGUCAACCUGCCCUUCCCGCCCAUCGCCCUCCCGGACGUCUCCUCCGACCCGCCCGCCGUGCUGCGCUCGCUGCUCCUGCUGCACCUGCUGCUGCGCCUGCCGGGGGUGCCGCAGCAGCUGGAGGAGCGCCUGGCCGACCCUGCGUUUGUGGCGGAGGCAGUGCGGGCGAGUGCCCUGCUGCAGGGGCAGGUGGACGGCAACGAGGCGCUGCGGUCGCUGCUGGGGGAUGCCGCUGCACUGCGGGGGAUGCUGAGUGGGGAAGGGCUGGAGGGGUUGACCAGAGCGGGGGUGGCGGAGGGGCAGCUGGUUGGCAGCAUGGGCAUGGUGCGGCGCCUCAUGGGGGGCGGAGCGGCGGGGGGAGCAGCAGCAGGGGCGACUGGUGGUACGGGGGCAGCAGCAGGCGGUGCGGCAGGUGAGGUUGCAGGUGGAGCAGGGGCAGCAGGAGCAGCAGGAGCGGGAGCGGGUGGGGGGGGCGUGGGAGAUCUGGAUGCACUCAUGCGAACGCUCAUGGGGCCAGCCAUGGCUGCAGCAGCGGCAGGGGGAGGAGGCCUGGGAGGGCUGGGAGGGCUAGCUGGGUUGGGGGGGCUGGGAGGGUUGGGAGGAGGGGCGGUGCCUCCGCCAGGGGUGCCACCGGAGGAGUUUUAUGCGACGCAGCUGGGGCAGCUGAGGGACAUGGGGUUUGGCAACGAGCAGGACAACAUUGCUGCACUGAGGGCCACUGGGGGCAACGUGCAAGCAGCCAUUGAGAGGUUGCUGGGCGGGUAG